AUGAGUGCAGAAAGAAUUAACACGGGCCAGCGAGCUGUGCUGAAGUUUGCUGCUGCCACCGGAGCCACUCCCAUUGCCGGCCGCUUCACUCCUGGCACCUUCACUAACCAGAUCCAGGCGGCCUUCCGGGAGCCGAGACUUCUGGUGGUUACUGACCCCAGGGCUGACCACCAGCCUCUCACCGAAGCGUCCUAUGUUAACCUGCCUACCAUUGCUCUGUGUAACACAGACUCUCCUCUGCGCUAUGUGGACAUUGCCAUCCCUUGCAACAACAAGGGGGCUCACUCAGUGGGUCUGAUGUGGUGGAUGCUGGCCCGGGAAGUUCUGUGCAUGCGCGGCACCAUCUCCCGUGAACACCCAUGGGAGGUCAUGCCUGAUCUCUACUUCUACAGAGGCCCUGAAGAGAUUGAGAAGGAGGAGCAGGCAGCUGCUGAAAAGGUUGUGACCAAGGAGGAAUUUCAGGGCGAAUGGACGGCUCCGGCUCCUGAGUUCACUGCGGCGCAGCCUGAGGUCGCUGACUGGUCUGAAGGCGUGCAGGUGCCCUCUGUGCCUAUUCAGCAGUUUCCUACUGAAGACUGGAGCGCUCAGCCUGCCACUGAAGACUGGUCUGCAGCCCCCACUGCGCAGGCCACUGAAUGGGUAGGAACAACCACUGAGUGGUCUUAAGCUGGUCUUCCACAGACUCUUCUAACAGAAUGGAAAUAAGGCUGGUGGAAAAUAAACAGUUUCUAAAAAAAUAAAAAAUAA